UGAUGUAAGGAGCACGUGAGUCCCGUAGAGAAUGAGCGAAGCUUGGCCACACAAAUAAUUGAGCGAACGUAUAUGUUGGUAGUCCAACAGAAGCAACUGAAAACCUUAGUAUAGUGUAAAUGAGGCGUCGUAGGAAAUAAUGGCAAAAAUAUGGUGCUUUAGUGGAACACCUCCACUACAAUCUUUACACAACCAGUUUGGAAGGAGUCAUGCUGUCCAAAGAUGCUCAAAAGCUAAAAAACCCAAUAUGAGGAAGAAGACUUAUGCAAGUUUGAACAGAGAAAAUGAAAGUGAAACCCCCCAGAUAUUGAAAAUUGCGGUGACCGGAGUCACCGAGCUCUUGAGGCUUUUCUCUCCUUCUUCCAAUCAAACCACCACAAGCCUUGAUGAAUUCCCACCUUCAACCGUUGAUGAUGUUUUAAGGAUCAUCAAGUCUGAUUACGACAACGCUUAUUUCGUAACUGGGAACUUCACUUCUUCAAUUUAUGCCGACAACUGUAUCUUUGAAGAUCCAACUAUUAAAUUCCGUGGUAGGGAGUUAUACGCCCGCAACUUGAAAUUGCUUGUUCCCUUCUUUGACUCUGCGUCAAUUAUACUACAAAAGAUUGACAAGGAUAUUGAUUCUGACACAAACUUUGUGCUGGCAUCUUGGAAACUAAGGACCAACUUAAAGCUUCCUUGGAGGCCUCUGAUUUCUAUUGACGGAAGCACAAUUUAUGAAUUAAAUGAAGAUUACAAAAUUGUUAGACACGUAGAGAGUUGGAACGUCUCUGCAGUUGAAGCAGUUUUGCAGAUUUUCUCCUUGAAGUUUGAAAACUCGGAUGGUUGAGUCAUGAAAUUUUUGCAUUCAUGUGUCACUCCAUUUGGAACUUUCGGACGGAGUCACUUGGUAAAUUUAAGUAGCAUAUAUUUCACAAUGAUCCUUAAUGUAGUUGUUAAAGAUGCCAUUGACGCCAACCAGGUUUUCUGCAUGACUAGGAGUAUUUGCACCGGUGCUUUAGUUUGGAGAAAUUUCAAGUGCAUGUCAGUAUAUCUACACAAAACAUGAAAAAUUAGAAGAACUUCUACGCUAAAACAAGACAGAAUUGCCUUAUUUGAAAUACUACUUUUCUACUUUUUGUUUGAAA